GGCUGUCAGGUUCGGGAGCCCGGCUGCUGGCAGGUUCCCGGGCUGUCCCUUUCGUUUCCCCCGGCUCCCGGCGUGACAUCUGCGGAGCUGAGACCUGUAUGUGUGCACGCGCGCGGGAGCGGAAGAAUGGCAGUGCUCAAACUCUGCGACCAGCCACCACUGGUCCAAGCCAUCUUCAGCGGUGAUCCAGAGGAGAUCCGCACGCUCAUCCACAAGACUGAAGAUGUGAACGCAUUGGAUUCUGAGAAGCGAACCCCACUUCACGUAGCUGCAUUCCUGGGAGAUGCAGAGAUCAUUGAACUCCUGAUUUUGUCAGGAGCUCGUGUGAAUGCCAAGGACAACAUGUGGCUGACUCCACUGCACCGGGCUGUUGCUUCCAGAAGCGAAGAGGCAGUGCAAGUAUUGAUUAAGCACUCGGCUGAUGUCAAUGCAAGAGACAAGAAUUGGCAGACCCCCCUCCAUGUGGCAGCAGCCAAUAAGGCUGUCAAGUGUGCAGAAGUGAUCAUCCCACUACUGAGCAGUGUUAAUGUCUCUGACCGAGGAGGGCGCACAGCCUUGCACCACGCAGCUCUGAAUGGACAUAUGGAGAUGGUCAAUUUACUCUUGUCCAAGGGGGCAAACAUCAAUGCAUUUGACAAGAAGGACCGGCGUGCUCUCCACUGGGCAGCAUACAUGGGUCACCUGGAUGUUGUGGCACUGCUUAUCAACCACGGCGCUGAAGUUACCUGCAAGGACAAGAAGGGUUACACGCCUCUGCAUGCUGCAGCCUCCAAUGGGCAGAUCAACGUGGUCAAGCAUCUCUUGAACCUGGGGGUGGAGGUUGAUGAAAUCAAUGUCUAUGGAAACACAGCACUGCACAUUGCCUGCUACAACGGCCAGGAUGCUGUCGUUAAUGAGCUCAUCGACUACGGUGCUAAUGUGAACCAGCCCAACAACAGUGGCUUCACCCCUCUGCAUUUCGCAGCAGCAUCUACUCAUGGUGCUCUGUGUCUGGAAUUGUUAGUAAACAAUGGGGCUGAUGUGAACAUUCAGAGUAAGGAUGGCAAAAGUCCCCUGCACAUGACAGCUGUCCAUGGAAGGUUCACUCGGUCACAAACACUCAUCCAGAACGGAGGCGAAAUCGACUGUGUGGAUAAGGAUGGCAACACUCCGCUCCACGUGGCUGCAAGAUAUGGUCACGAGCUUCUGAUUAACACCUUAAUCACUAGCGGAGCUGACGCAGCCAAGUGUGGAAUCCAUAGCAUGUUCCCUUUACAUUUAGCUGCCCUAAAUGCUCACUCUGACUGCUGCAGGAAGUUAUUAUCAACCGGACAAAAGUAUAGCAUAGUGUCCUUGUUUAGUAAUGAGCACGUGCUGUCUGCAGGCUUUGAAAUAGACACCCCAGAUACGUUUGGAAGAACAUGCCUUCAUGCUGCUGCCGCAGGAGGCAAUGUAGAAUGUAUAAAACUCUUGCAGAGCAGUGGAGCAGAUUUUCACAAGAAGGACAAAUGUGGGAGGACCCCUUUGCAUUAUGCAGCUGCAAAUUGUCAUUUCCACUGUAUUAAAGCAUUAGUGACCACAGGAGCCAACGUUAAUGAAACAGAUGACUGGGGACGAACAGCUCUGCACUAUGCUGCUGCGUCAGACAUGGAUAGAAAUAAGAUGAUCUUAGGAAACGCCCAUGACAAUUCUGAAGAACUUGACAGAGCCAGGGAGAUGAAGGAAAAAGAUGCUGCCCUCUGUCUAGAGUUUCUGCUUCAAAAUGAUGCAAACCCAUCCAUCCGGGACAAGGAAGGCUACAAUAGCAUCCAUUAUGCUGCUGCCUAUGGCCACAGACAGUGUCUAGAACUGCUUUUGGAAAGAACCAACACUGGUUUUGAAGAAUCAGAUUGUGUUGCUCCCAAGAGUCCACUCCACUUAGCGGCCUACAAUGGGCACCACCAAGCCUUGGAGGUCCUUCUCCAAUCACUGGUGGACCUGGACAUCAGGGACGAGAAAGGUCGCACGGCUUUGUAUCUCGCUGCUUUCAGGGGCCACACAGAAUGUGUAGAAGCACUUGUUAACCAGGGCGCCUCCAUCUUUGUGAAAGACAAUGUCACCCAAAGAACUCCACUUCAUGCCUCAGUUGUUAACGGCCACACGCUGUGUUUGAGACUACUACUCGAAAUAGCAGACAACCCGGAAGUGGUUGACGUGAAAGAUGCCAAGGGACAAACUCCUCUGAUGCUUGCGGUAGCAUAUGGGCACCUCGAUGCUGUCUCCUUGUUACUUGAAAAGGAAGCAAAUGUAGAUGCUGUUGACAUAGUGGGAUGCACAGCUUUGCAUAGAGGGAUCAUGACAGGACACGAGGAGUGUGUGCAAAUGCUGUUGGAGCAAGAAGCGUCAAUCCUCUGUAAAGAUUCCAGAGGGAGGACGCCCCUGCACUAUGCGGCUGCUCGGGGCCAUGCCACAUGGCUGAGUGAGCUGCUCCAGAUCGCCCUUUCUGAGGAGGACUGUUGCCUCAAAGACAACCAGGGCUACACGCCACUGCACUGGGCUUGUUACAACGGCAAUGAAAACUGCAUAGAGGUACUUUUGGAGCAAAAAUGUUUUCGAAAAUUUAUUGGCAAUCCCUUCUCUCCUCUGCACUGUGCAAUAAUAAAUGGUCAUGAGAAUUGUGCGUCAUUGCUGCUGGGGGCCAUAGAUUCCAGCAUCGUCAGUUGUAGGGAUGACAAAGGCAGGACAACCCUCCAUGCGGCAGCCUUUGGUAAUCACGCAGAGUGCUUGAAGCUGCUUCUGAGAUAUGAUGCUCAAGUGGAUGCCGUAGACAAUUCAGGGAAAACAGCACUGAUGAUGGCCGCUGAGAACGGGCAGGCGGGUGCUGUGGAUAUUUUGGUGAACAGUGCCCAGGCUGACCUAACUGUGAAGGAUAAGGACUUGAAUACUCCCUUGCACCUGGCUAUCAAUAAAGGCCAUGAAAAAUGUGCCGUGUUAAUACUUGACAAGAUACAAGAUGAGAGCCUUAUUAAUGCGAAGAACAGAGCCCUACAGACACCCCUCCAUAUCGCUGCACGCAAUGGCUUGAAGGUGGUAGUUGAGGAGUUGCUGGCCAAAGGAGCCUGCGUACUUGCUGUAGAUGAAAAUGGUCAUACCCCGGCCCUGGCUUGUGCUCCUAACAAAGACGUGGCUGACUGCCUGGCCCUCAUUCUGGCUACCAUGAUGCCUUUUUCUCCUUCCAGUACAAUGGCGGCUGUCAACUUGGUUUGUUUUAGAAAAGACAGUUUGAGCAGGACGACCCUCUCCAAUCUGGGGAGCAGGGUUAGUCUGUGCAGUAACAACGUGGGCUCUGAGGAUGGGUACAACGAAAACGAUUCUGAUUCGGAAACAUUCUAACGUUGGACUGCAGAGGCAUUUCCUCAGUUACCUGUGUUGUAGGAAGGGACAGAAGCUUGAAUUCCAGAGUUAUGCCAUAUUCAAGUAUUUGAGGCCAAGCUUCCUAGCCAGUAGAAAAGGAAUCAGCAAUCCAACCAGAAGAGGGAACUAGGCUGUAGGCUGAAGCACACACAGAUAGGCCUGGAUUUGGUUCUGUUUCAUGUUUUCUUUAGGUCCAAGGUACUUCUAUGAAAGUCUACCUCUCACUUUAAGUAAGGAAAAUGUCUAAGUAUUUAAUGCUUUGUUUUUGGGGAUAAUGCCACAGAGAUACAAAUGUUCAGUCUAAAGAUUUCCUUUUUUACGUACUCACCAGUGAGUCCUGUGAGGUCUGUCAAGUGACAUUCAUGUCCCCUGGGAGGGGAGGAAGAGUAGACAGGAAAUGCCUGCACCCUCUUCCCACUCUGUUGUUUACUUCCUCACUAGAAGCCAAAGGUCAAAGUUCAUCUUCAGUCUACAGCCUGCAAUCAUCUUUUAUGGGAGUCCACCUAACCGCACCCCCUCAUAGGAAGUGUGUAAAGACCCACAGCUUCUUCCCAGGAUCCUAGUUAAAAGUUGCCAGAUGUGAAUGUGAACACUGACCAUGUUUCUUGUUAAGCACAAACAAAAUAGCACCCAGGGCUCUCCUUAAGAAGUCUGUGAGUGAUUUUUCAAUGGAGUAACGGAUCCCAAAUUUAUCCAAUAACAUUUUCAGGUGAAAUUAUAUUGUGCCAAAACUUGAAACAAUAUGCAAGUCCAAUAGGAAAUUAACAUUUAGUGAGUUUGCUCUUAAAUGGAAAUGCUAACUUUUGAAAGGGUAUCAGGGCUGGCACUGUCCUCCAGUGAUAGAAUUAGCAAGAUAGCUGCUCAGUCAAGGUCAUGACUCAGGAGUGACAGUGCACCUGUAAAAGGGAACCAAGAAAAUGAAUGAGGAAAGCAGAAAUGGUUGGCGUGGCCCGUGUGAGCCAACUGCCGGUUGCUUGGUAAUGAAAUCAGCAUUGUGAAUACUGUGUCUGCUCCCUCUGCCAAAGCUUCCAGGUCAAACGGACCCCGCUCUUCACCUGGAACAGCUGUACAGAAAGAAGAAUGAGACUCUUGAGACUUAUGCACAUACACACACACACACACACGUGCAUAUUUAUAUAUGUGCUUCAUCAACCAGCUACCCAUGAGGACCAAAAUGCUUCUUGAAUUUUCUUCUUUCUAAAUCCAAGUGAGAACUGUAGUAGCUUUUCUAUGGGGUUAAAAUGUAAUCAUUUUUGCAUACCAGUCUUUAUGGUAUUUUAUAUUUUUAACGACACAGAUUUGUAGUUGAUGGCUUGACAUUUGUAACUGAUGAUGUGUUGACCACAGGUUUUGGUUUUGUUUUCAAACUAGAGAAUAUGUCUGUAGACUUUGAUGUAAAUGUGUUUAUAUUUAUUUGAAAUGAAACAAAUGCUGAAGAAAUAUUCACUGUUUAGCCUCUCUCUCUCUCUCUCUCUCUCUCUCUCUCUCUCUCUCUCUCUCUCAUUGCUAUGUAUCUUAUUUAGAAUAAUAAAAUUAGUGGGAAAAUAUCCCUGACUCUGGGCUAGUCACAGCUCUGGGGUUAAGCCAAGCAUUUCCCACUACUACCAGCUGGCCCUCAGGUUUGUUCAUUGCUUGGCCCCAUUCUGUAGCCAAUCAGAACCCUUCUGUGAGAUGAAAGCUGAUGUAGCAGAUCAUAUACACAAAGGUAGCCCAAAGAAAGACCCAGAGGCUACAGAAACUGCACCAAACAUGUCACAUGGUCCUGACACUCAGUGGGAAAUCAUGCCAAGUGUGGGCACUAUGCCAAGAAAAGGAAUUAAAAAUAAACACACAGACACAAGCCCAAGAGCUAUGUUCCACUUGCUGAAGAUUCAGAAAUCUGCAGCAGUAAGGCAUAGCUUUUCAAUGUUUUGCAGUAAGUUCUGUCUUCUCCCUUGAAUUUUCUAUUUUAUAGUAUCUUGAGAGUUUUAAAAACAGUGCUCUAUCACAUCUGGAUGAGACCCAGACAAUGUAUGCUAUUUGUUUUUAUCAAGCUUGGAGACUUUACCCUUACUCUGUUACUAUCCUGGGUUAAAUUAAAGCUCAUGUUGGUUCUUCACAAAUGAAAACUUAUUCAGAGGUUUUAUAAAACUGAUAGUGAUUUCAUUAAACAAAUCUUACACCAGCAGUAUUUUUUUUUAAACAUUCUUAGUGUGAAGGCGUUAUAUACCCCUCCAUCUGUUCUUUCUGCUUAGGGCAGGUGUAUUUUUAACAAGUAGACAGACUGCUAAGGAGCAGCAAUGACCUGAUCUUUAGGGAAGCCUGCAGAUUAAGGGAGCUUUCAUGUUGAAGUGGCAUGAUACACUGUGCUGUCUUUUUCUCGAAGUGAAUGGAAGCCUUGCUGGGUUGGCAUUUAAAGCAGGAAAUGAAAUGCCUGCAUUGGUAGUGAUGCAGCAGAGAGCCAGGGGGGUCUCUUCAGCAAAGCAGUGUCCUGGCAGGAACUAUCGUGUCUAUGCAGCUGCGCUGGCCUGGCCUGGCUCUUUCUGAUAGAGGAAAGACAAAGGAACACAAUGAAAUCAAGCUUACAAAGAGCCAUUCUCCUGAGUUGGUCUGUCUGUGUCUGACUGUCUGUCUGAAUGUCUAUCUGUCUGUCUUCCUUUGGCUCUGUUUCCUUCCCAUGCCCAACAAGACCAAUUAUUUUGAAAAAAGGAAAAAAAAAAAAAAAACGUAAAAGCUAUUCCUUGUAUGUAUUUCAGCUGUCUCUUCCAUGUUUGCAACAUCGCUUUCUGAGGGGAAAUUUUUUUAGUGGAGUCUGAGUUGCUCUGUGCUUUUAUGUAAACGUAUUUUUUUAGAGUGUUCAUUAACCACAGCCACAGGACCAUGUUUGCACUUACCUAUCCACUGGUGUCUGCCUAUCUCUGCUAAAUUCAUCAUCUCCAAAUUGCCUAAAGUCCUAGUAAACAAUAAUAGCUCAGGGGAUUUCUAUUCAUCACUACUAAAAGGGCAUCAUUGUAUGUUUUGGUACUUUGGGCAGUAAGCAGCCACUUGGCUUACUGUACUGUUGCAUUAGCACAAGAACACCGGAUGGAUUUGCUGCACUAGUUAUGCUCAUGCUAUUGAGUAGCCUGGUUUGCGCAUCCAUCGCGCUGGUUGAGGAACUCAUCCCUUUGUGGUCUUGUAACAUGAUGUCAGAGUGCCUUUUAUAUUUGUAUAUCCUGGAAACGUUCCGUGAAAUGUUUUGUAUUUUUUCAGUUGAGUGUUAUUGGAGCAAUAUAAUCCUAGUGUUCCUUUCUUUGAAUGUACCAAGAGUCUCCUUUCCUAUUUCUCCCCUUCUCUGCUUUGAGAUGAAAAUGCGUAAGUUUUCUAUGGGAAUGAUGUUUGGCUUUGUAGUGCUAAAAUGCUUUCUUCUUACAGAACUGUAAACCAUAGGUCAGUAUUAUAGGGGAACAGCGUUUUAAGAUAGUGACAAUCUGAGCGUGUGUGUAAAAUGUAAUUCCACGUGUUUCCUAUGCAGUGAUCUGAAGAUUAAAUGCAAGUAUGUUUUGUUCAGUAGUUUUGUCUGCAGACUACGCUUUAGCAUGUGCAAUAUAUCCUUGCAAAGCACGAUGAUACACAUCUUGUGCCAGUGUUAUAUUUUGUAUAAUGUAUUUGUAACACCAUAAACUAUUACAUGAUGAUUUCAGUGGGAUUUUGUCUGUACUUUUAAAAUGUAAAUUGGAGUUGAAUGACUCUGUUAAGUGUCAUGAGUGUAAAAAUGAGGAAAAUGGCUUUUAGUUCAGGUCAGUUGAACCAGUCUGAAUCUCCCCAAGCACAGUUUCAUACUUUGCAACUACUGAAUGCUCUGAUAAUGGAAUGAAGUACUUACCUGUAAUAUACUAUAGACAUGCAUUCAGAUGGUUAUUUUUACAAAUAAAAACGGUACAAAUAUUGUUGCAA